UAUGUUGGCCGAUACUACGCUGCCUCCCAAUGUCGUGUCUGGACUAAAGGCCAUCUCAAGUCUUUUAAAGCCGGCUGAUAAUCUUGCUAAUUCUUCACUGCAACGUCCCCGAAAUUUUCAUAAUUUGGUGAAUCUAAAUGACGUUGGCUCAGAAUGCGACCAAGAUUUGCCUUACACAGGAGAACGACCUAGUUCUUUGCCUAAGCAGAGACUUCGUCGAAGCUUACCCCAGUCUAUAAUGAGACGAAUGUCAUCUUCUACAUGGACAACAACAACUUCUGCUACUGGUAUGCCCACCCUGGAAGCAGAACCAUGUCGAACUAGAAGUGCUUCUAUAAGAAACAUAGGGCAUGAUUCGACGCCUGUUGUAACUCCUCUUCAAUCAAAUUCUCCUUCGCCUUCAUCGCCUAAUUCGGCUAUUUCGCUCGUUAUACCAAAAACUCGUUCUCACUCAUUAAUGAGCGUUUCUCGCAAAUCUAGCAGACGAGACACGACUCAACCUUUAUACAGAAGACUUAAUAUUACUUCAGAUUACGAGAGUAGUGAAUCUCCCGGCUCAAGCGAUCAAAGCGAUCACGCUGCUCAAACAACUACUGUUGGAACAUCUGUUGCUGUUCAAGAAGACGAGGACGAAGAUGUCUUAUUAGCGUUUGACGUUGCCGAGUGUGAAAGAGAGCCAAUACUACAAUCCCAUCGUAUCUGUGAGUGGGAUUAUCCGAUUUUCGAAAUGGCCGAUCUCUUUUCAGAUACUAUCCUUAGUAGGAUGGCAUAUAGAAUAUUUUCCGAAACUGGUUUAAUGGAAACGUUCAAGAUACCAAUUGAAGAGUUCCUUAAUUACUUCCAUACCCUAGAACUUGGUUACCAAGAUAAACCAUACCACAAUAGAAUACAUGCAUCCGACGUUCUGCACGCUGUAUACUAUUUAACCACUCAGCACAUUCCCGGCUUCGUUCAAAUCGAAUCCAAUUCUACAGGCGAGAAUACUCAGCGAAUGAACUUGGCGAAUACUGAAGAGAGUUAUGGCAUAAUGGGUAACAAUUUCGCCCCAUUAGAACUUAUGGCCUUGUACACCGCGGCCGCUAUGCAUGAUUACGAUCAUCCUGGAAGGACAAACGCUUUUCUAGUUGCUACUUACGAUGAAAAGGCUGUUCUGUAUAACGACCGUUCAGUAUUAGAAAAUUAUCAUGCCGCUGCCGCUUGGAAAUUGCUCAUGUCUAGACCAGACUUCAACUGGUUGAGAGGUUUGGACAAGGCAGAAUUUAGGAGAUUCCGUUUCUUAGUUGUUGAAGCUAUCCUAGCAACAGAUUUAAAGAGGCAUUUCGAGAUUAUAGCUGAGUUUAAUUCAAAGGUCAACGAUGAUGACGCGCCUGGAUUUGAUUGGCAUAGUGAAACAGACAGGGUUAUGAUUUCUAAUAUGUUGAUAAAAAUAGCUGAUAUAAAUGGUCCAUGCAAAUCGGAAUAUCUACACAAACGUUGGACGAAGAACAUUACUCAAGAAUUUUACGAACAAGGUGACGAAGAGUCUCAAUUGGGUAUGGUCAUUUCUCCUUUUAUGGAUCGUAAAAAUCCUCAGCUGGCUAAGCUACAAGAGUCGUUCAUAAAUCAUUUGGUUGCUCCCCUAUGUAACGCUUUGGGAAAAGCUGGAUUAUUACCAGGAUCCUGGGAUGAAAAUGAAUCAGAUGAAAACGACGAAAGAGAAGAACAAAAUGAAAAAAAUUCUAAAGAAACGGCUAGUUCUAAAAACUUCAAAUUAGGAUUAAUUUGUCCAAAAAUCCAUUCCCGUGUUGGCUUUGGUGUGACAGCAUCUGCGGCUACUGAUGCUGUAAGAGAUAUUCAAAGAAAAGGACUUUUAGUGAAUCACACAUUAACAAUUCUUUAUAGAAAUGAUUUGUGUAAUCCGGUAAAUGGCUCUGGACAGACAGUUGCAUACUUUGAAGAAGAUUUAGUCGAUGUUCUGAUUGGCUCCCCUUGUUCAGCCUCGGCUUUAGGAGUUGGAUAUUUAGCAUCAUUUUAUGACAUACCAAUGUUUUCUCACGGAGCAACCGAUCCAGCCCUUAGCAAUAAGAAUAUAUUUAAAACCCUAAUCAGAGUUAGCCCAACUUUUAACAAAAUGGGCGCAGCUAUUGUUGAAUUGGUAAGAUAUUUCGGUUGGAAGCAGGUGGUUAUGAUAUCAAGACUAAGAGAAGGAAACAGUUUGGUUUUUUGUGAUUAUGCCUCAAGAUCCGUUGAAGAAAAAUUCCGACAGCAUCGCUUAAUAAUCUCUGACUGGAUUAAAGUUGAAGGCAGUUUAACAAAUUCGGAAAUACACGAAAUAUUAACAAGGAUAAAGCUUCGGGGUAGAAUUAUCGUACUCUGUAUUGAAGAAACUGAUGAAGUAAACUUUCUCAGACUCGCCAGACGAAAUGGCAUGACAAAACCAAAUUAUGUAUAUUUCACACUGAAACAUAUGCCACCGGAGAAUUACGAAAAACCAUGGCAACCUGCUACAGAUAGAGAAGUGAUACAAGCUUAUGAAGCAGUUUUAAUGAUAAUGGUCGCUUCAUUUGUCGGCUCAGAUUUAAUGGCUUUCAGAAAAGAAUUACCAUAUAGAAUGCUGGAAGCUCCUUGGUUUUAUAAUCAAACGUUAGAAGAGGGUAAAAUUGGAUCGGUCUACUCCCUCCUAUUAUACGACACAAUUUGGGCAUAUGCUUUAACUUUGGACUUGGCCUUGAACAAAUCUCUGAAGUAUCGAAGUGGAAAAGUAAUGUUUAGUUUGGCAACGAAAAUAAUUUUUAAUAGCCUAACUGGCGCUGUAACGUUUGAUGAAAACGGUGACCGUCAUCCGAACUACUGGUUAUGGCGGAUGAACGAGAAUCAAACAAAAAUGGAAUUAUGGACGGAAGUACGUAUGAUAAACCCAGAAAAUGAGCGAAUUAAUUUUGAGAUGCCAGCCCUGUGGGGUACAAGUGACGGUAAACCGCCUCCAGACGUCCCGGUUUGCGGGUUUUUAAAUGAACUAUGUCCAGAUGAUUUGUCUAGUCGGACGUAUGCAAUAAUUGGGGGAAUAUGUGCACUCGUUCUACUAAUAAUUAUGACUGUAUCUCUGAUACUAGCCUGGAAAAAGCGGAGAGCCGAAGAGCAAAUAAAAAGUAUGCUUUGGAAGAUUGACAUUGACCAAAUUGAGUGGAUUAGAUCAAAUAAAUCCAAGAGUAAACUAUCUUUGAAGAGUGUUCGCUCCUUAACUGAUAUGGACCAAACUGAACACGUUGGAAUCGAGCUCAUUAAUUCUGGGCAUAAUAUUGCCUACCACAGGGGAACUUUGGUGUCGGCAGAAGUUAUCAAAAUUUCAACCAGCUGCGCGCUAAAUCGAGGAGAGCUUGUAGAGCUAAACCAGCUCCGACAACUGCAACAUGAGAACGUAGUUCAUUUUCUAGGCGCUUCUCUUGAGGCACCUACUGCCGUAAUAUUAACAGCCCAUUGUUCUCGAGGUUCUUUACAAGAUAUUCUUGGCAAUGAUCAAAUCAACAUAGACUGGAUGUUUAAAGUGUCACUAAUGACAGAUUUAGCAAAUGGCCUACAUUAUAUCCAUACAUCUCCUUUAAUUAAUCAUGGGGGGUUGCAAACGGACUGUUGCGUUGUUGAUAAUAGAUGGGUAUUGAAAGUGGGAAAUAUUGGCCUGAGAUUUAUAAGGCGAUUUAACAUUUCGGAUUUACAGCUUUCUAAGGAUAAACUGUGGCAAGCACCGGAGAUUUUGAGAAGUAUUCAAACUUUACAAAGUGGUACUCAAAAGGGUGACAUUUAUAGUUUAUCUCUGAUCCUGUUUGAAAUACUUUUUCGGGAGACGCCCUUCGUUUCAUUAGGCUUAUCACCGAAAGAUAUCAUUGAAAAAGUGGCAAGUACAAAUUUGGAGACCCCUUUUAGACCCGUAAUACCAAAGACAACAUCUAUAGAUGAGAGGGCUAUUGUAUUAAUGGAAAAAUGUUGGAGUGAGCACCUAGAUCAAAGACCGUCGAUUGCAGAAAUUCGACGUUGCCUUAGAGAAUUGAAUAAGGGGAAAAAGUUUAAUAUGAUGGACAAUAUGUUAAAUAUGAUGGAAAAGUAUGCGAAUAAUUUAGAGGAAAUUGUUGAGAGUAGAACACAAGAACUGUCAGAUGAGAAGAAAAAGAGUGAAACAUUACUAUACAGAAUGCUUCCUGUUUCUGUUGCAGAACGCUUAAAGAUUGGAAAAACAGUAGAUCCAGAAACUUUUGAUUCUGUAACUAUAUUUUUCUCUGAUAUUGUUGGAUUUACUAAGCUUUCUUCCGAAUCAACACCCUUACAAGUUGUCGCUUUCCUGAACGACCUAUACACUCUGUUUGAUGAUAUUAUUUCAAAACAUCAAGUGUAUAAGGUUGAAACUAUUGGCGAUGCAUACAUGUUGGUUUCUGGCCUACCAGAGAGAAAUGGCAAUAUGCAUAUUGUCUAUAUAGCGGAUACAGCUCUAGAUUUACUAUCAGCUGUCACUACACAGUUCAAGGUAAGACAUAAAGAAAAUUAUCAACUUAAGUUAAGAAUUGGAUUACAUACGGGACCCUGCGUAGCUGGUGUUGUAGGCCUGACAAUGCCUAGAUAUUGUUUGUUCGGUGACACUGUUAAUAUGGCCUCCAGGAUGGAAAGUAAUGGACUGGCUCUAAGAAUCCAUUUAAGUCAAGAUUCGAAAAAGGCUCUUAGUGAAGCUGAUUUGAGAUUUAAAUUAGAGGAAAGAGGAGAAAUGGAAAUAAAGGGCAAGGGCUUACAGAAAACGUUUUGGUUAGUGGGAAAAGAAGGUUGCAACUUAAAACUUCCAGAAUUCUAA